CUCUAGAACACAACUCAUUGGCCAAAACAAACUCCACAGGGACUAUUUAUCCCUCAAUGCACAGCAGUCCCUGUCAUCCUGAAAAUUUUGUGAGAGCUGGUUUUCCUUCAUCAACUGAUCUCAACAGUGAAAAAUUAUGGACAAUACAGGGGAAAAAUUAUUUAAAUAUAAAGGCUACAAUUUUGAAAGGUCUUUGGUUAAAAUUCAUAUAGUAGAAAGUGUAGACGAUUUUGAAAUUAGAGAUGAUGAUGUCUUCAUAAUCACAUAUCCAAAAUCUGGUACCAUCUGGACUCAGCAGAUACUAAGCUUGAUUUAUUUUGAGGGGCAUCGAAACAGAACUGAAGACACUGUAACAAUGGAUAGAGCUCCCUUUUUUGAAUACAAUACUCGCGAUUUGGACUAUACCAAUAUGCCAUCCCCUCGUUUCUUUGCUUCCCACCUCCCAUAUUAUUUAGCACCAAAAGGUCUGAAGAAUAAAAGAGCUAAAAUUCUUUACAUCUACAGAAAUCCUAAAGAUGUUUUGGUCUCUUUUUUUCAUUUUUCAAAUUGGGUAGCUCGAUUAGAACCUGCAGAUACCAUUGAGCAUUUUAUGGAAAGGUUUUUAGAUGGAGAAGUGAUAGGAAGUCGUUGGUUUGAUCACAUAAGAGGCUGGUAUGAACAUAGACAUGACUUCAAUAUUCAGUUCAUAAGCUAUGAAGAUAUGAAAAAGGACCUCAGAAGUGCAGUGCUGAAAAUCUGUAAAUUUCUUAAAAAAGAACUUAGUGAAGAAGUUGUGGAUACUGUUGUGCAACAGGCUACAUUUCAGAACAUGAAGACUAAUCCACAAGCAAAUUAUAAUGAUAUUAUAAAAAAUGAAAUUGGAUCUAGAAAUGAUGAAGGACAUUUUCUGCGCAAAGGUAUCACUGGUGACUGGAAACAUCAUUUUACUGUGGAGCAGAAUGAAAGAUUUGACAGGAUAUUCCAGAAGGAAAUGAAAGACUUCCCCCUGCCGAUCAUCUGGGAUAUAAAUGAGGAGUAAAAUUCUAAUCACAGUGUAAAAUAAUCAUAUAAAAUAUAGGCAGAGGCGACACUGUUAAGGUAUACAUAAUAAUUUGUGCCUAUUUAAUCACUCACUACAAAAUUUAUUAAUAAAACAAGUAAACUAUGCUAGAUUAUCUGUCACAAAUGCUUUAAAAUGUAAAAAAAAUAAAUUUUAAUAAUUAAAAUUAAAAAUCAGAAAUUAAAUUGAUUCAUCAGGUUGGCAACUUUGGUACCCUGCAUGAAAAUGGCAAAACAGAAAGCAUAAAGCAUGACUUGCAAAUAUCUUCAGAGACUAUCUAUACUGUGUAUUUUUUUUUUUACCCACAAUUAAACUUAGGGUCAAUUAUACAUUACAAAUCAUUUUAUUCUUGUACUUAAAUUUUAUCAAUGUGUAUAUUCAAAUGUGAUAGAAUAAAUGGAAAAGUCCUGUAUAAACACA